AGAAAAAACUGAAAUCAACUGUCUUGUCUUUUUUAGGAUUGUCCCUUGUGAUGUGCCUUCAACUGGUUUCUUCUACCAAACUGGUGUGCUACUUCACCAACUGGUCCCAGUACAGGCCAGGUGCUGGCAGAUACAUGCCAUCCAAUGUAGACCCCAACCUCUGCACACACCUCAUCUACGCCUUCUCAAUAAUCAGCCCCUCUAACGAACUGUCUACUUAUGAGUGGAACGACGACGUCCUCUAUAAAUCUUUCAACGGACUCAAAAAAAGAAACCCCGAGCUGAAGACUCUCCUGGCUGUUGGUGGCUGGAACUUUGGAACCCCACAAUUUACCAUCAUGGUUUCAUCCUCUGCCAACCGCCAGACAUUCAUCAGGUCUUCAAUCAAAUUCUUGAGAAUGCACGGUUUUGACGGGCUAGACCUGGACUGGGAGUACCCCGGAGCACGAGGAAGCCCCCCAGAGGACAAGAAGAGGUUCACAGUGCUCUGCAGGGAAUUACUGGCUGCCUUUGAGAAAGAAGCAGCUGAGACCAAAAGACCACGACUGCUGCUCACAGCUGCAGUGGCUGCUGGGAAAGGAAACAUUGAUAAUGGAUACGAGAUUGCUAAAGUCUCAAAGUUCUUGGACUUUAUAAAUGUCAUGACCUAUGACUACCACGGAGCCUGGGACACAUUCACAGGUCACAACAGCCCUCUGUACGUCAGCUCAGGGGAUCAGGGUGAACACAUCUUCUACAAUGUUGACUUUUCUAUGAAUUACUGGGAAAAAAAGGGCGCUCCUCUGGAAAAGCUCAUCCUUGGUUUCCCUACGUAUGGUCGCACAUUUCGCACAACAUCACUGGCUCACAGUAUUGGAGCACCAGCCAGCGGACCGGCCUCUGCUGGGCCUUACACCCGGGAAGCUGGAUUCUGGUCCUACUAUGAGAUUUGCACUUUCAUCCAAGGAAGCAGUAUCCACUGGAUUGAUGAGCAAAGUGUUCCCUACGCUAUUAAAGGAAAUGAGUGGGUUGGCUUUGACAACAGGCAGAGCUUUGAAAUCAAGACAAGGUAUCUGAAAGAUAACAAAUAUGGAGGAGCCUUCAUCUGGGCUCUCGAUCUGGAUGACUUCUCUGGAACCUUCUGUGGACAAGGGCCCUAUCCUCUCAUUGGUUAUCUGCGCUCUCUUCUGAAUUCAGACCUUCCACCUUCACCUCCUGCUACAACCACCACUGCUCACACUACAACCUCAGCAGUUGCUCCUGGAAGUGGUUUCUGUGGCGGGAAAACAGACGGCCUCUACUCAAAUGACAAGGAGAGCGGCUCCUUCUAUCAGUGCGUCCACGAAACCACAUACCUCCAGAAAUGUCCAGCGAAUCUUGUGUUUAGUGAAAAGUGUAAAUGCUGCGACUGGGCUUAA